AUGGAAGAAAUGGAUGAAGGUGUGUUUUUCGAUGUUGAUCAAUUGAUAAGUGAGGAAGAAUUGGCAGAACUUUACUAUGACUACCAAGAAGACAUGCAAGACCAUGGCAUGGAGGAUUAUGAUUCAGAAAAUGAAGCAAUGCAAGAAGAAGAAAAUGAAGAUAUUGGGCAACAUGUGCCUCUGCAUCUUAGGCAGACAGAAAGAAGUUAUGCAGCUGCUCUGAGGAUUUAUCAUGUUACUCUUCACAAUUUGAAGAAAAAAGACAGGCUAAGAACACACACAAGUAGUAACAAGCCAGCACUCACAUCAAACCACAAAGUUGCAAGACUAAAAUGGGUCAUGUCACACAUAAAUCCAAUCACAACAAAUAAGGACCCCACUUUUGAUGACAUGAACCAUGUCAUCGACAUAGAUGAGAAAUGGUUCUAUCUCAAACCUCACAAGAGGAGAUUUUAUCUCCUUCCAAGUGAAGAAGAGCCAUAUAGGGCACAACAAUCAAGAAGAUUCAAAGUUAAGGCAAUGUUCAUGGCAGUUAUUAGAAAGCCUUUGUAUGACAGAAAUGGGGCAUUACUACAUGAUGGGAAGUAUGGCGUAUUCCCAUUCAUAGUGAAGGAAAGAGCUAAGAAAUCAAGCAAAAACAGACCUGCAGGAACCUUGGUGACCAAGGCACUCCAAAAUGUGAACAGAGAGGUGAUUAGGGAGAUGUUGCUCACAAAGGUCAUACCAGCAAUUAUUUUUAAAUGGCCAGAAAGUCUAGCAAAAAAUGUCACAAUUCAAUGGGAUAAUGCAAGACCACAUGAGAUACCUAAAGAUGAAGAGUUCAUUGCCGCAGCAACAACAAAUGGGUUUAUCAUUCAGCUUGUUUUACAACCAGCACAGUCACCAGACUUGAAUGUGCUGGAUUUAGGCUUAUUUAGGUCUUUAAGUCAUUACAGUAUCAAUCAUUUCCUAGCAACCUAG